AUGAUGAAAAGGUUAUACGGCCUCUCUAUUGCCCAAGCCGUCUUCUACUACAGGACGUAUGCUGGAGAUCCUCGGUUGAUCAAGGGUUUCAUCGCCCUCCUUAUGGUCCUGGAAACCGCGCACACACUCCUCAUCGCACACGCUUCGAACGUGUGGUACCUUCGCGCGGCGCUUGCGUUCGUCCUCCCGAAGAGUUUGUUGGUCGCUCUCAACGUCGGCCUCAUCUCCAUUCACCACACCUCCGCGGAGAUAUUCGGUGGCCUCCAGCUUGCGGCAAGCGUCGUCUGCGAUGUGCUCAUCACCGGCUCACUCGUGUGGUACCUCAGGCGGGGCAGGGGCGCGUUUAAGCAGACACAGAACCUAGUCGAUAGGCUUGUAAUAUAUUCGAUCAAUAUCGGGUUGGUCACCAGCAUGCUCUCCUUAGUCGCAAUGAUCACUUGGUUCGCGAUGCCCGACAACUUCAUAUUCACAACCUUCCACAUUCUGAUCGGGAAGGUGUACGUCAAUUCGUGGUUGGUUACACUGAACACACGCAAAACGAUCCGCUCGACCGCCAAAUCCAGCAGAUACAAAUUCGAGGUCAACAGCUGUGGGGUGAUAUCUAAUGGGACAGGACUGCGCUUCGUCACAUCUAUCCGGUCUUCCUCUCUGCAGGCAGGUCCCCUAUCAUUCCCAUCACUCCCCUGA